CUGGCAUCGCCGCUGUCCCGGGCUGUCCCGGGCUGUCCCGGGUCCGCCGCUGUCCCGGGCAUCGCUGCUGUCCCGGGCUGCCCGCGGGGACCCAGCGGGGCCAGGGCACAAGGCUCAGUCCUGCAUUUUCAUGAGACCAGGAGCGAAUCCUCAAAUGUCGAAACUUUGUGGUCGCGGCUGGUUUGAGUGAGAAGAGACAAAAAAGCAUCAGAGCUGAGCCUUGGAUUGAAGGCAGAGCUCCUAGAUUUGUGCCCCACGUAAUUGCCAUGGCCUGGCAUGUCUACAUCAAGCUCUGCUGUCGUUAUCCUCAGGCAUCUGUACCAAGUGAGGCAUGUCCCACGUGUUGGGGUGUGUCGGUGUCCUGAGACCGCCUCCAGCAGAUCAAUUCCCUUCAGAAUAUGGAGGAGAAGCCACCUUUGCACUUGACAGCUGGAAGGAGACUGAUUACACAACAAUGCAGCCCCCAUUCCAGCACGAUGCCCUGGAUGUGGCAGCAGCUGUAGCAAGAGCCCGUCCCCAGCUGGUGGAGUUGCUCACCCAGUGCCCUGAGUGGCUGCUCUGCACUGCCCAGCGCCUCGUGCCCCAGGCAGCCCUGAGCAGCCUGGGGACCAUCACCAGCCCCAGGGAAAAAACAUCUCUGCUCCUUGACCUGCUGGAGGAGGCUGGUCCUGCUGCCUGGAAGCACUUUGCACAGUCUCUCUGCAUGGAGUAUGACCUGCCCCUGGACCUGGAGGUGCUGCUUAUGAGCUCUGCAGGAGAAGGUAACUUCAGCCAGACAGAAGAAUCAGGCAUAGACACGAGAGCCCAGUCAUCUGUGCCAAAAGGCUCUGCUCGCCGUCGCCCUUCCAGCAGCUCUGGGAGUGACAAAGAUGCCAAACAGCGAAGGCUGGAUGCAUGUGUGAAGUACAGGCAUCUCCUCCUCAGUUCCAUCCGCCAGAGAUACGGGAGCAGGAGAGCAGCAGAAGCACAGGAGCAAACACAGCCACUGCCUUUCAACCAAACCUUUGUCAACGUUGUCAUCCAUCAGAGCAAAGCCCCUCGCUUUAAAGAGAGAACAGAGAAAGGCCAAGAGGGCCUGGCAGGUGCUGCUGAGGCAGAAGAAUGUGCAGACACAGCUUUGAAAGUGUCAGACCUGCUCUGCAGCGAGGCCCCGUCGCACACGACCAAGGUGAUCUUUUUGUUUGGGAAACCAGGUAUAGGCAAGACCAGGCUAAUGCACAGGAUUUGUCAGAAAUGGGCAGAAGGUGUCCUACCUCAGUUUCUCUUCACUUUCCUCUUUGAGUUUCGGCAGCUGAAUUUGUUAAAGAGGAAGUUGACCCUGAAGGAUCUUUUGUUUGACAUGUUCCUUCAGCCAGAGGACAGCCCUGACGCCGUGUUCCAGGGCCUCCUGGAGAAUGCCCAGCAGACACUGAUCAUCUUUGAUGGGCUGGAUGAGUUUGCAGCCAACAUGGACAUGUCACCCUCCUCGAAGAGCGGCCCAGCUCUUACCUCCCCUCUGUCCAUAUCCCAGCUCUUUGCAGACCUCUGCCAUGGGAACCUCCUGCCUGGUUGCACAGUGUUGGUCACCAGCCGCCCGAAGAGGCUGCCUGACUUCUUGUUAUACACAGUAAGUGUGUUGGCAGAAAUUUGGGGAUUUGACCAUGAGAAGGUUGAGGAAUAUGUCAGCCACUAUUUCUGUCAGCAUUCAUUCAGAGAACGAGCUAUUGCUCACGUGAAGAACAACACCAAACUCCUCAGCAUGUGCCUCAUCCCUGCUCUGUGUAACAUUGUGUGCAUCUGCUUGGAGUAUCUGUUCCUCAAACACCAGAUGAGCGUGGAGCUUCCUCAGACUAUGACACAGUUUUAUAUCAAAAUGUUUCUCAUCUUCCUGAACAAGCAUCAAGGAGACUGUGCAGGUGAUGAGGAGACUCAGGUGAACUGUAACAAAAAGGCCAUUUUGGGUCUGUUUGACCUUGCACUGAGAGGCCUGGAAGAGAAGAAACUCGUAUUUUAUGUCCAUGAUAUUCCUGAGGACGUGAAGGAAUUUGCUUCCCUGCAUGGGUUGCUGACUGUCUUUGAGGUGAAGACGAGUGGCACCUGCCCAGAGGUUGGCUAUGCCUUUGUGCACUUGAGCUUGCAGGAGUUUUUUGCUGCACUGUGUCUCAUGGUGAGCAGCAGGGUGGACAAGAACCACCUGAAGAAGAAGUUCUUCUUGAAGUCAAAGUGGACUUUAAAGAAUGAGACAAAGACUGAGUUUAUGGAGAGUUUUCACAUAUUUCUCUCGGGUUUGUCGUCAAGAGAGUGUAGGACAUUCCUCAUGAUGCUGGCAGAGCAAGAUGAGGCUUGGGUGCAGGAAAAGCAGGAUGUGAUCCUGCAGUCUCUCAAGAAACUGGCAGCCACUCAUCUGUCAGGGCCUAAGGUCCUUGAGCUCUGCCACUGCACCUUUGAAACACAAAACCUCGAGGUAGCCCAGCACAUUGGGAGCCUGCUGAAUUUCAAGUAUGAGUUUAAAAACUUCAGACUGACAACGCUGGACAUGUCGGCUUUGGUUUUUGUCAUAAACUCGGGCCAGAACUUGAUUUGUUUGGAUUUUGCAGGAUGUCUGGUGGACACUGACUGUUUGGAGGUUCUGGCUGGCUGUAAAAAUGUGGAACACUUGAGCUUUCGUAGCAGGAGAUGUGGUGACGACUUUGCUGCUGCUCUUUCAAAGGGCUUACAAGGAAUGGGGAGCCUGAAGAAGCUGGAGCUGACAGGUGGGUGCAUCACAGCUGAGGGGAUGGCUAACCUGGUCCAGGCUGCAUCCCAGUGCCUCCAGCUUGAGGAAAUGAACUUGCAGGACAAUCGGAUCCGGGAUCCAGAAGUGAAGAGGGUGAUGGACCUGUUUUCCAAAAUGGAAAAGCUGAAGAAAGUAGACCUGAGCAACAACCAUCUUUCCUUGAAUGCUGUUCUCAGUUUGGCAAAGGAAGGCAUCGUGUGUCAAAAUGUCACUGAACUCUGUGCCAGGGGGGACACCAUGGUUAUUCAUUUUUCUGGCACAUCUGGGAGAGCUCAAAGAUCUCUGGAUUUGAAGUUGGAAGAGAAUAAAGAGCACAUAAUUCCAACUAGACAUGUGAAUUUAUGCUUGCAGGAUCACAGGCUGCUUUCCCAACAUGCCAAGAUGAUUGUGGCCAUUCUCCAGAGCUGUCCCUGUCUCUCUGAAGUGGAUUUGUCAGGCAACAAGCUUGGAGAUGAAGGCUGCAGUUGUCUGCUGGAAAGCCUCCCCUGUCUAUCAAUUUCAAAGCAGCUGAAUCUCAGUCAAAACUGCCUCUCUGUCAGUGGCAUGUGCACCCUGCUGAAGUCAGUAAAUACCUGCCAGGAGGUGAUGGAGGUGCAGGUCAGCCUUUCUUGUGAUACUGCAGUCCUGAGGUUCAGAGAAGACGGGGAGUUUGCUUCCCUUCCUCCUAGGGAGGAGCCUGUGUUCUCUACUGGUGACCAACAAUGUGGGGAGGAAAACCAGACACCAACCACCUGCCAAAAAAUCAGACUGACAGACUGUAAUCUUCAAGGCAGUGACCUGAAGAAUGUGUGUGCAGUCCUGAAGGAAUGUGGCCACAUCUCUGAGCUGGACCUAUCAGGGAAUUUUCUGGGAGAUGAGGGACUUUUGCAGCUGUUUCAGUGCCUCCCAAAACUGAAAAUGUUACGUUCUCUCAAGUUUAACAACAACCGGAUCUCCCUUAGCUCUGUGUUUUUCUUAGCUCAAUCAUUAACUACACAGGAACACAUUAAAACAAUGAGCCUCAGCUUAGGACACCCCCAGGUGUUUCAUCUGACCUUUUGGGAAAGAGUCAGCAGCACCAGCAGAUGGAGAAGUGGCUCCCUGGCACGCCCCAAGCAGGAAGCAAAAGGACAAAGCUUUAGUCUCAGGGACUGCAGAGUGGGUCUGGAGGAUGUGACCAGGCUGUGCCAGAUACUGGCUCAGUGUCCCCAGCUGACAGAAAUCCAGUUUUGCAGUCUGUCUGGAAAUUCAUUGAGUGACCAGAGCAUUGAGAGAUUACUGAGCUUUCUGCCAUCCCUCUGUCAUCUGACACUACUGAGUAUUAGGAAAAACUCCUUGUCCCCACGUUGUGCUGUUCUACUGCUCAACUCCAUCAACCUCUGUGAGCGGAUCAGAGCAGUGGAAGUCCGGUCCAGGGAAAAUGCCUUCCUGCAUUUAGGAGCAAGCACGCAGAGCCAAAGGACAUCGUGCAGGCUGACAGGCUGUGCCAUUGGGGAAGGGCAGGUGGAGGAGCUCUGCAGCAUCCUGGAGCAGCACGGCUGGCUGGCAGAAGUAGAUCUCUCCAGGAAUCAGCUGGGGGAUGCAGGCCUGAGGUGCCUCUUGGACCACUUGCAUCGAGUGCCUGGUACCUGUUCCCUCAAUCUCAGCCAUAAUGGGAUUUCUCAGGAUGGAGUCCUGCAUCUCAUAGAUGCCUUUGUCACAUCUGGAAACACCACUGAAGUUCAAGUCAGUUUGUGCUCCAAAGCAACUUUAAUCAUCAAGCUGACAAGUGGAGAUGACCCAAGAAAGAUUUUGAGACUGGCAGAGUGCAACUUUCAGCCAGAGCACUUGGAAAAGUUGUUCUUGCUCCUGGAAAGGUGCACUGGUCUGACAGAGUACACGUCCUCAAAUAACAACAUGACACUCCAAGCUGCAGAAAGACUUCUGCAUUCCCUGAGGAAGGAUCUGGGGCUACUGAAAAUCAGCAUAGAAGAGCCAUGGGUGUGCAGAGAGAGAGUUGUGAACCUGCUGGAGCUGGCUCUCCAGGCCUCUGGAAGCAUCACUGAGAUCACGAUAUGUAAGGAUAAAACCCUCUUCCAAUUAGUCAUAAGAUUCCCACACUGCCUGGAGAAGACAGAAUCAGUCAUCAGCAGACUGAGUCUGUACAAGCCAGAAAUGAAGCACUCCCUCUGCCAAAGGCUUUGUGAGAAAUGUGCUCAGCUUCAGCAGCUGAGAUGGUCCCACAUGGAACUCCAGGAGGAUGAAGCAGAAAUGCUGGUCAGGAUUUUGCUGCCCCUUCCAGAGCUGAAGAUGUUUGGGCUGACCUCCAGCAGUGUUACACCAGCUGGAAUUGAUUAUUUGAUCUCAGGCUUGCAGAAUUGCCAGGCCAUUGAAGAACUCAACCUGGGCUACAUGAAACUCAGCAGCGCUGCCAUCCCUGGGCUUGUGCUGGGGCUUUGUGAGAUGCCAUCCCUGAGAAGGUUUAUCUUGAACCACAACAGCAUUGGUGACGAAGGCUGCUCCAGACUUGCAGAAGCCUUGAGGAAAAUGCACAGCCUGGAGGAAAUCAAUUUAAGCCACAACGAGAUUGGAGAUCCAGGCCUGAUAAAUCUUGCUGCUGUCCUGCUGGAAAUGCAAAACCUGAAGAAAAUCGACCUUUCAGGGAACUGUCCCAGUCCUGCUGGAGGGGAAAAGCUGAUGGAAGCUCUUGCCCAUUGCAAGCACAUCAAGGAGUUGCUGCUAUCAAGGAAUGGUUUGGGAGACAGGACAGCAGUGACACUUGCCCUCUGUCUGCCCCACAUGGCCACCCUGAAGGUCCUGCACUUCCAGAACAAUAACAUUGGGCAGGCAGGAGGGCUGGAGCUGGCCAGAGCCCUGGUGGUGUGUGAGCUGCUGGAAGAGAUAAGUUUAUCAGAAAACGACCUUGGGGAGCAGAGCAUCCGUGCCCUGUCCAAGGGGCUGCCGAGCUUCAGACGCCUCCGGAAGAUCGACUUGAAAUUCUGUGGAGUCACUGAUGGUGCUUCAAAGUCCCUCUCUCUGGGCUUCCAGCGGUGCCCGUCCAUGGAGGAGAUAAUACUGUCUUGGAAUGCCCUUGGAGAUGGAGGAGCCCAAGAGUUGGCCAUUGCUCUCCCAAAGAUGGAAAAGCUGAAGGUGUUGGACCUGGAGAAGAACCACAUUGGAGCCUGUGGGGCCACAAAGCUCGCAGAGGAACUUGCGGCGUGCCCAGAAAUUGAGUCCAUCAGGCUGUGGGGCAAUCCAGUGCCCAAGGGCCUUCCUGAGACUUUGACAAGCCAAGACCCAAGACUGUGCUUCUCCUUCAACUAGAGAAGAGGAGCCUUGCCCUAGCUAGGAGUUCUCUGCUGCUGCUGCUCUCAAAACUGCACUGAAGAACCUGGAGCUCAAAGUUCCUACAACUGAAAGCUGUAAAUAUUGGAUUUUUCUUUGCUGCACUGAACCAAGUGUGGACACUGGGGUUUUUUAUUUUGUUUUGGUUUGGGGUUUUGUUUUGUUUGUUUCUGUUGGGUUUGUUUGUUUGUUUUGUUUCUUGUGUUUUGUUUUUUUUUUAUUGUACAGAAGAGAAAACGACUGUAAAUAACUUCUGCUGAGCAGGCAGGAUGGCAUUCUUGGUAGAAAAGCACUGAAACUCUCUUCAAGAGAAUAACUUUCCAGAAAAUAAUUAGCAAACUGUGAUAAGAAUGCUUAUGUACUAGACAUUAUUUAUUUAUGUAUUGCCCUACAAUGAAAGGUUCACCAUCACCUCCAUCCAAGCUUCAACUUCAAAUUAGAAGUUCAAUAGUUUGUCUUUAUUUUGAGGGAGGGGCAGUGAGUGACAGAAAGAAUAAACACCAUAAUUAAGUUCUCACACACUGUCAGAAAAAAGUAAGAUAUAAGGUUUUCUCAGAGCUGUGAGAUUUUGGAGUCAUCAUCCCUGGAAGUGUUCAGAAAACGUGUGGAUGUGGCACUUGAAGACAUGGUUUAGAGAUGAACAUGUUGAUGCUGGUUUAAGGGUUUGACUCAGGGAUCCUAACCCUUCUAUGACUCCAUUAUUCUAGGAUGAAAUGCAUUUCCUCAGGCAUUCAGAAAGGCAGCAGAGUAUUUCAUUAUCCUUAAUCAAAAUUACUACACCAGCCUGCAGGUGUUCUAAAAGAAUACACGUCCUUUAGGAGAGAAUGUAAAAAUAAAUAUUUAAUUAUUGUGUUGGAUUUAUUUAUGGAA